AUGAGCGGCGGGAGCAGCAGCAACAGCCCCUCGCCCGCGGCGCCGGCGGAGGGCGGUGGCGCCCUAGCGCCGGGGUUCCGCUUCCACCCGACGGACGAGGAGCUGGUGGGUUACUACCUGAAGCGGAAGGUCCUGGGGCGGCCCUUCCGCGUGGACGCCAUCUCGGAGAUCGACCUCUACAAGACGGAGCCGUGGGACCUCCCCGGGAAGUCGCGCAUACAGAGCCGCGACACCGAGUGGUACUUCUUCAGCGCGCUGGACAGGAAGUACGCCAACCGCUCGCGCACCAACCGCGCCACCGGCGCCGGCUACUGGAAGACCACCGGCAAGGACCGCCCCAUCUCCCGCGCCGGCCGGAUCAUCGGCAUGAAGAAGACGCUCGUCUUCCACGCCGGCCGCGCUCCCAAGGGCCAGCGCACCAACUGGGUCAUGCACGAGUACCGCCUCCACGACGCCCACCUCGCCGCCGCCGCCCUCCCACAGGUGGCCGUUCUGAGUCGCCCACCUCCGAUUUGUGAGUAUUUGACUGUGCUGCCGCCGCUCACCCCCUUUCUUUUUUCUUCUCUUCUCCAGGAUGGGUUUGUGGUCUGUCGGAUAUUUCAGAAGAGGGGGCCGGGGCCGCAGAACGGCGCCCAGUACGGGGCGCCGCUGCCGGUGGAAGACGAGUGGGACGAGAGCGAGCUGCCGGCUAUCAAGGAGGAGUGUGGAGGAGAGGGCAGCGACUCGAUCGUCUUCAGCAAUCCCCUGCCGGCGGAGAUCGGCGAUGAUGAUGAUGAUCUGGUCCGUGCCCUAAUUGGGGAGAUUCUUUCUCUUUCUAUUUCUCUUUCUCCGCCAUGA